GUUCCUCCAUCAUGGACGUUUCAGAGAUAAGACAGACUGUCGACCGCUUCCGAAUUCUCAUCAUCGGAAGAGCGAAUGCAGGAAAAACCACCAUCCUCCAAAGGAUUUGUAAGACACGGGAGAACCCAGAAAUAUAUAACAGCGCCGGGCAAAAGCGGGGAGUGCACAAUAUCGAGAAUGAAAUGAUGUUUCGAAAUAACCCAGGGUUCGUCUUUCAUGAUUCGUGUGGGUUCGAGGCAGGAGGACAGUCCGAAUUCGAUGAGAUGAAGGCUUUUAUCGCAAGUCGUUCUAAGGAGGGACGUUUGAAUGAUCGAAUCCAUGUCAUAUGGUACUGCAUUCCGAUGGAUGAGGAUGGCAGGUGUUUCACGGAAGGAGAAGUCAAGUUUUUUUCUCAGUGUGACACUGGAAGCAUUGCAGUAAUAGUGUUGUUCACUAAAUUCGAUGCUCUCUACGACGAUGAAUUUGCAGAGCUAACAAAUAAGGGAGUAUCGAGACAAGAUGCUAAAACGCUGGCCCCGCAGCACGUCAAAGACGCAUUUGCCAAUGGGCCACAGGUACAGCUUUUGUACAGCCGCAAGGGCAACCAACGUCCUCCAAGAUGUCACAUAUGCCUGCCUGAUAUGGACAAAGACGAUGCAGACUGCGGGGUGCUUAUCGAACGCACGGCUGAAAUUCUGGACGAUGAAACUCUCAAACAGCUGUUUGUCUCAACUCAGCGGACCAACUUGGAGGUGUGCAUGAGAUAUGCACUCAAAAUGACACUUGCACGGCAUCUCGACUUCUCCCAAAUAAUCUCAUCGCAUAUACCUGGGAAAUCCGGCCGCCAGAUUAUAAAUGAUUUGGGUUUAUGGUUUCCAUAUACCUCACGUCACCGCCAGGAAGAAGAUGAGAUGUGGUCCACGUUACGAUUUUCGGCAUGUCCCAUUGCUCACAGCCCGUCCGCAUAAUUCUCAUCUCAAAGGCUUGCUAGCCCUCUGGGUCAUCGACAUUAGAGAAAAUUAUGCAGCUUGGUUCUG